CUGUCACCAUUCUUUGGACACCGACCAGCUAUAUGGUGCAAACAUUGAAUCACGCAUUCCAGGAGGCGAUGUCCGCGUUUCCUGCUGGCAAGUAUGUGCGAUACAAGCGUGCCACGGCCUUCUUCUUGGACUGGCUGCUGCGCGCGCGCGGUCGGGGGCGACAUGCAGGCCAGCGUGUGGAGCUAGAGACGCUCAGCGACGUGGUGAAGGAGAUAGCAGCGUCUCCCUCUACACUAACACCGAAGUUGCUGCAAGAGCUGCCCAAAGCUCUGGCAGCCUGUCAAUGUUCCAUCACGUUACGGGAACACGUGGCCACGUUCUUCCCAGAGGACGACAGGGCUCAGCGAGGCCAUCAGUACUUCCUCGGGCUGCUAAAAGACUGGCACAUGACGCUGAAAGACUUAGGGAAACCAGAAGCUGCAGUCGAGACGGAGAGCACGAGGUUUGAAAACUACUACGAGGUGCUACAAGUAGAUGAAGACUAUUUCCCUGAUGAAGAGACGUUAAUGGCGGAACUGGGGGCGCCGAAGAGUGCCAAGACAGACAGGAAGUGGCUGUUUGACGAGGCUUUUGCUGAAGAUCUGAGAUUGGAGGUGGUGUACUUCUUCUUGGAGCUGGAGGAGCUCGUGGAAGGAGUGUUUACUGUGUACGACCAAGUGAAGAAACAGCAACGCACAAUGGUAGAGGCCGCCGUAGUGGUCAAGCUAGCCAUGGAAGGUGCUAGUGCGUUGACAGCGAGGCUACAAUUGAAGUACCCGGCACUUCAGACGGCUGAAGAUGUGUUUAACAUCGUUGCAAGUAGUAUCCCAUUGAACGUGAGGAUGCAGAUGACUGAGGAAGUUGCUAAGUUUUGGGACAGCUUCCAAAGAAACGGAACGUAUCGCUUUGUCCCGGGGAUGCUGGUCGUGGACUUCAUGAGUGUGGCCAGCACGUUGUCUAGCUUCACCACUGCGAUCCCCAAGUCAGCACGACAAACAAUGAUCCUUCGGGAUGGCUACUUUGGUCCGACCUACGGUGAAGAACGCACGCCACAGUACGUGCUGCCGGAUCCAAGCAACAUGGUGGUCUUCUUGAUGCAGCAACUUCCGCAUCUGUACAAUACCGUCAUUGAGAAGAAAGCUGCUACUGGGACUGGGUAUGACCCGUCAGGGUUUACGGGAUCUUUCAUGGCUCAAAUGGAUGAAUACUUCACGUCACGCAAGGUCACGGUCCCCAUGGUGUUUACGUGCAUCUGCUGGCUGAAAUCCGUCGCAGCUCUACAGGGUAAUGCAGGACUCAGUCGCAACGUGAGUCUCACGUUUACUCACUCGACGAAGCUAAGGAGAAACCUAGAGGCGACGUAUGCGAAGGGUGCGGUCCACGCUAACGAUCAGGAGAUUCACGGACUACUGAAAUAUUGUUCAGACGAGAUCAAACGCUCGGUUCCUAGUCGCACCUUGGCUCGUGCGAAUCCAUUGCUGGCGGGUCUGAUGAUGUUGGGCCACCAGUUCCAAUACCUGAAUUUGGGAGGCGAAGUCAUAAUGGUGACCUCGAGAUUCCGUGCGUUCGGGCACCUGUACAAUGCUCUAGUGCAGCAAGGAUAUCUCCAGCACAUCCCUUUUUUCGACGAGGUGUUGAAGAUAUACGACCAGAUGGUCUUUACUCCGUCACGUGCGGCAGCAGUGCACGGUUCGUACAAUCGCACCUACCUACUUAGCUCGCAUAUGACUGCGACAGCGGUCAAUAAAUUGUACCGUGGCGCGCCGCCACCUGCCGCUGGUGAAGGGAUCAAAGUGCGGAAGGCUCUCCACAUGAUCGACUUGUCCAAGAUCUAUCGGUUGCUGAUUGAAAAUGAUAAAACGGUUUUGGGAGGGGCUUCGUCGAAGGCUAUGCUGGCCAAAGCCGCAGAUAUUUGCUCGAAAGAACUCUUCCAGACUCGAGUUCUAUCACGAGAUAUCCUGAAGCUCAACGAUGACCUUACCGAUGCGUUUUCCGAGAUGUGUGACAGACUGGGUCGUCGACAGUAUCACGAUGACUAUAUAGCAAGCCCAUCGCCUGGAGAAUCACGGCAGUAUCGUAUCAACCGCGCUUUAGAAGACUCCGUGAUGAUGAACUUGAUGCCACUCCUGGAUUGUCUCCAAAGCGAUGGCUCGUUGAACUUGACGGCCCUUCCUAUCGGAAACCGCGUAGUUCAGACAGGAAGGCUGGAUGGCGACGGCGUCAAGGCAAUGUGCAGGAAGACUGCUGCAGUGAUCAAAGCCAAAUUCGCGACGCCAUCGUUGGUCUGUAACCACAAAUACUUCACGUUCUCAGCAAGACCGGAUUUUAUCAACCAAGAAUACGGUACCAAGUCAUUUAAAACGCGUACCGAGCGUCAGAACCGCGAGGAUGUAUUCUGCGAGUUAAUGGAUUUGCUCGAAGACACUGAUGGCCCACUUUCGGAAAGUGAUCUGAACAAGCUGAAGUCGGAGAUCCGGAAAGACCCAGAGCUCCUGAACAUGCUGUCACUUCGUUCCAUGACAUUUACUGAUCCCAACACAUUCGACCCACACAACCUCGCCAAUGCGCCGCGUGACGACUUAUCUACGCUCUUCCAUCUAGCUGCAGCAGGGCCUGUACAUGACGCUGAUCUUGUCGAAUGGAUGAUUCAAAUGGGAGCACUAAGUCUUCAGCCGACGCUACACUGCCGGAUUGAGCCUCGCCAGAGCAGCUUGAGAUGCUCUCGUGACGAUCUAUGCAGAACUAUGGCUGUUCAUAGUGCAGCGAUUUCGGGUCACGAAGAUAUCGUACGGAUCAUUCUGGAAGCGGAUAAUAUGAUCGACUUGAAUACUCCCACGUUCGACACGAAAGAAACGCUUGUGCACUUGGCUGUGAAGCAUGGACAUCGCAACUUAUAUCGCAUACUUGCUGGAUUUGGGGCAGAUUUGCGUAUCAAAGAUCGCAGUGGUAAAAGCGUUUGUGAUAUGACAACCGACAGAGCGUGGGCAAAUGACAUUGCGAAUUCAACCGCUACACUUGAACGGAGCCAGGUAAAAACGGAGGGAGCGAAAAAUCGCGACGCACAGUUCCGUCACGAGGGAUCUCUACGUGCGGAUCGUUUGCGUCAGUCAGUAUCGGCCCAGCGAGACGAGGAACGCCGACGAGCGUUUGCCAACGCCAGUAAGAAUACUGCCGACGGGUCCAAGAAGAAGAGCACGAAGAAGGGCAAGAAAGGAAAGAAGGGCAAGGCAAAGGACAGUGUACCAAGCGUAUCUACAUUCUCUCUAGCUGCGCCCGAAGCCAACUCGGAGGAAGUGUCAAACUUACUGAAGGAUUUGUUGGUGUCUACACAUACUGAAGUCGACACAAACGACAAUUUUUCUGCGCGGAUUACAUUGCUGGAAGACUCGAUUGAGAAUAUUGGAACUAUGUUUGCUCGACUGCGCGACCCCAACAUCUCCAGCGACGACAAAGUCGACGAUGCACAACGUGCUUGCACAGCAAUUGAGACGCUGGAGCAGGUCGUUGAGAUGUUCUCCCACCCCAGCCGACUGCAUUCUAUGGAUCGUCAACUGCGUACCGUGGUCGCCUUUGAAGCCCAGCAAGUUAUCCACAUGAUGCAAAAGCUGCAUCGAGUUGACCAUGCUGGCCUCGCAGUCCCUGCUCUCGAUGUUGUGCGAAAGCUCUGCGAUACGACGUUUGCGUUCACCAAAUUUGUAGUAGGCGCAGCUCAUUUGUGCGUUUCCGUCGAUAAGAAGACGCAGGCUCGUGAGCUUUUGGACUUAUUGGAGAAGCGUUUGGUGAAGAUGCCUUAUGACAAACGCGAGCCUGGAGGGUUCCGUGAACUAGUACAAACGUACUCGACAGCACGCGAAACUAUGGGGAUGGGACACACUUCCAGUCCUGACACGUUUCAUGCUUUGGAAUGGUAUUUGAUUUAUGCUGUGGACAACUACGAGCUCCAAGUGACUUUGGACGGAAUGGAUGGUCGUCCGUUCUACUUCGAGUUUACGACCACUGCGAGUGCCCGACAGUUUGAUGAUUUCGAACGCGCAAUCGAUGCGAGGGCUGAGCUGGAUGGCGUGGCAUGUUUCGGCAAGCGCGCCAAGCACGUUGUCUACGGCGGUACCAGUGAAGAAGACGUGGCGAGAGUUCGUGAGCUUGUACUUGGUGUGGCGACUGCUACGGGGAUCCGAUUUGCUCUUCGCGGUUCCCAACUUUUGACGCUUAACAUCCAUGUGGGACAGUUUGUUUUUUCAUCUGCUGGGAUCGUUCGGGACGCUGCUGCGGCAUGAAGAGGUGGCAUCGAGAAUAGCGUGGGUGAGUGACCGUAUCGACGAAGCAACAGGCUACGUGUUUGUUCUUUGCAAGGUUGAAGGACGAGGUCGAAUCAUUUAUCUGACGAAUCAGAAGCAUGAUUGCUUUGUGCUGCCCCCCC